AUAAAUUUCUACACUGAAUCGGGGCCCCUUUGGAAAUAACUUUGGAAAUAAAGGUGUGCAUACACACAUUCUUUUCCGACGCAGUUUAAAAGGCGAACUGGAGAAGUUGGGAGUAUCCGUUUUAGGCAUUUGCGGGCUACAGUACUUUAUCAUAAUUUACCUGGGUGCUCCAAGCUCCAUUGUAGUAGUAGACUUCAAGCCAAAACGAUGUUACAAAGCCCCCAUAUCAUAACUUAAAAACGGUUGGCAAGCAAGCAUUUCAGACUAAUUCAAGAACUGAUUUAGGGAUGGGUGGUGAAGGAGUCUGUGAUGUUGAUAACACAAUAUAUGUCGCAGUGGGGAAGAAUUUGAAGGAGGGCAAAUCAGUACUUUCUUGGGCUCUGAACAACUUUGCUGGGACUGGGAGGAGAAUUUGCCUUCUUCAUGUUCAUCAGCCUACUCAAUUACUCUCUACUCUGGAUGGAAAGCUCUUGGACACCAAACUGAAACAAGCAGUAGUGACGACUUGCCAGGAACUCGAACGACAGAGGAUGAACAAACUCAUGAAUCAGUACCUUCUCUUUCUAUGCCAAGCAGGGAUACCGGGAGACAAGGUCUGCCUUGAAAUGAAUGUUGUUGAGAAAGGAAUUGUCCAAGUAGUAUGUGAAUAUAAUAUUAGAUGGCUAGUCAUGGGAGCAGCAGCAGUGAAGUACUACUCAAAAUUGCAGGAAACUAUUGGCGCUCAAGUCUAAUAAGGCUAUAUUUGUGUGCCAACAUGCACCUCUCUCCUGUCAUAUUUGGUUUGUUUGCAGCGGAUGCUUAAUUUAUACAAGGUAUAGUUGUGUUAUU